AAAAUUUUUGUCAUAAUAAUGCAAUAAAUUGCACCUGUUCUUUUUUCUACAAAUUACUAUAUUAAUUCAGCGCGAAAUAAAUAACAAAAAAUCAAAGUUAUGUAAAAAAAUGAACAAAAUAAAAUAAUUAAGUAACAAAAGUGAAAUAAAAUAUCAUGAAAAAAUAUGAAAACACAAAGAAUAACUACAACUUUAACAUUAUUUAGCUUAUAAUAAGUAGAAUAAUCGCAACUAAAAAAAAAACAAACACAUUGCAGAUAAAAAAGAGGUCACGACUAUUUAAACGUUAAAAUUUACAGUGGCUCAAUACGAAUUUUGUCAAUAUUUAUUAAAUCUAGUACAGCAAAAUUAAAUGAAAAAGUGAAAUUAUAAUAUUUUUGCAUAAAAAAAACUCUAAUUUAAAUUUUUAUAAAUCAAAUAAUGUGAAAUAAAACAACUGAGAAAGAAAAUAACUGGGGGUAAAAAAAUAAAUUAUAAAAUUUAAACAAAUAAAAUAAGAGCGCAAAAAAUAAUGUUUCGAAUAAAAAUUAAAGAGAUGCUAUCAACAACCACCAUUCUCAUAAUAGUUUUUACAAUAUUAACAAAUCAAAUAAAAUCAACAUUGGCUGGACCAAAAGGUGCAAGUAUUGUAGAUCAUUUAAGAGCCGAAUAUAUAAAUUUAGAUACAGCAUUAUGGAAAUAUUUAAAUGAACGUCAAAUCGAUAAAAAAUCACAAAUUAGAAAAGUUUUUGAUAGUCAUAGGCAAUUUAUAAAAGAAAAUUUAUCAUUAAUAUCAUUUAAAUCAGAUAAAUAUUUAUUAUUAAAUCGUUACUAUGAAGGGCAAGAAUUACAAAGAGAUUUAAUACAUUUGGAUGGUGAAUUCGGUUAUUUCAAAAGUCUUGUAUAUAAAUCUGCAUCUAAUGAGGAUUUAAUUGAAGAACGUGCAAUAUUAGAUUUUACUGAAGAAAUUUUAAAUGAUUCAGUAAAAAAAAUGUUUGAUAAUAUUGAUAAUAUUAUGAAUAAACAAAAAUUAAGUUAUCGUAUAGUAUUGGAUGCAAGAGAUCAGAUAUGCGUAACCAAUCAAUCGGCGCAACAAUUUUUAUAUUCGUUGUAUUCUGAUGUUGCAUAUGCAGAAUUGAAGGGUUACACAAUGAUGCAAUUUUCUUGGAUGAUGUUAAGGAUUUACGAAAAAGGUAAUUUUACGGAGGAAUCUAACUUAAUGCGAAACGAAUUCAUCAAACGAAUAGAUCGUACACAAGAUGCCUUACGUGGAGUUAUAAAGCAUGCGGAUCGUAGUGUAUGGAAAUGUGAUCCAACUAAACAUCUCAAGGGACAAACAUAUGAUGAAGUUACUCGACUCUUACAAGGUUAUAUUGAAAAUGAGGUUGACAUGAAUGAAGAUGGAACAUGUAGAGAAAAUUGUGCGUAUUAUCAAGUUUCUAAAAGUCAUGGUUGUUAUCAGGAUCUCUAUUGUGCAAAGCAACAACGUUGCACUGGAAAAUUGUACAAUUGUCAAUAUGUAGAUUCCGAUAUGUGGAUUUGUCCUUCGGCACUCAAUAGUAGUAGACGUUAUGACUACAUCGAAUAUGAAAAUGGAAGAGUGCUAGGUGAAAAAAGCGGUAGCUGUGUUAGAGGUACCUCCAAAGUAGAUUCCUGGUGGAGAUGGCUGUUUUGGCAUUGCAGUUAUUGUUUUUGUUUAUGUGAUGAACAAGGGUUGAAAUCAGACAGAUAUUUUAAUUUAAGAUCAACCGAAUCCGAUAUACACAAAAACAUGGUUGUAACAGGACUUCGAUUCGUUAAAGUUAAAAGAAUUUUCCAUUUGCAAGUGCAGCAGGGUGAACUUUUACCUCGAGGUAACAUUAAACAAGAAUCAUUAGAAUGGAAACCAGUAGAUGAUUACCAAAUAUUUGACCGAAACGUCAAAUCAAAAGUUGACUAUCAUACAUUGGCUUGGGAAAACCGUGCUAUUGAUUUAGAUGAUAUCAAUGUUGUUGAUCCAACACAUGUAAUUACUGGAAUUAGAUUUAGAGUUGUGGGCACUCAUUUAAAUCUAGAAGCCAAAUUAUCUGAAUAUAAUUUUGAAACCGGUCUGUUAGUUGAACCAGAAAUAAAUAGUUUCUGGCAAUCUAAUGAUAACACAGAUGUUACAGGAGAUAAACGAACACAAGUUAUAUUGCGCAGUCCUGAUAUUCCAAUAAGAAGUAUUGCUAGAUCUCAAGUAAAAUCUAAACAUAAUCAGUACAUCGAAUUUACUAACACAGACAUGGACAAAGAUGCUGCACAAACAACUGUUCCUUUUAUUGAUAUACAAGAAGUAACAUCAAGCCCGCCAGUUCCUUUAUCAGGAGUUGGAAUUUAUUACAAAGGAUCGGGACAGUAUGGUGGUUUUAUUGCACCUAAAUUAAUUACAUAUGACUUUACACCACAUAUUCAAUCACCGUUCAAAGCAGAAGAAAGAUCAAGAAUGAUUUGAAUUUAAACAAAUUCUAGUGAAACAUACAAAGAGAAAUCAUAGAAAACUAAGAAUACUUUUUCUGCUUAUGUGUAUGUGUGUAUGCAUGUGUUUUUCAAUAGAAAAUCUGAAAUUUUAUUAUAAUGCAAAUUUUCUAUAACUUAAAAAUGAGAAGAUUAAAUAAACCUAUAGUGAUUUUAUAGAAAUAGUAAUAAAUUUUGGUUAAUCAAAUUAUGCAAAUAAAAAUGUGAGAAACAUUUCAUAAAAAACUAA